AUGAGCGAAAUGCGUUUAGUGGACAUAGCAAUUAUUUCGAUUGAGCACAAACUUGGUGAAAAUUUGGACUACAAAGAACUCGUAACUGAGUUUGCUGCAAUCAAAGCUCGAAAAGAUUAUUAUAUUAUCGUUGCAUCACUCUUAAAAAGACCCAAAUCUCUCAGACUGUCUCUAGAGAGGAAAUCAUUGAAAAAGGCUCUUCAAGAUUUAAAAGCGCCUAAACCUGAACCCGAGCGUCUUCCACAAAUUCUAAAAAGGCCAACUGAAGCGAGAGAUGCUCGAGAGGUAGCAAAGAAAUUGAUAAAAUCUGGUGUUAUCACAGCACCAAAAACUCCAAAACGUUCAGAACAAGCUUUCAAAAGGCCUCGAGGAUUAGAGAGAAAGUUAAACAGUACAGAAAAGACAGUCUGCUCUUAUCAACCGUUUUCAGCCAGUCAACCUGAGGAUGAUGAAACUGAAGCACCCAGACCAAGAGUUAAAGAUCUGUACGAUAGUUUUGUAAGUGCACAAGACACCGAAGAUAAAGGCACGGUGGAAAAUCCAGCCCAUGCAAAGCCAGAAGUUAAGCCUAGAGGCGGAAACACAAUAUUUGUUUGUGGUUACAAAAUAUCUGAAGAUUUGUUGAAAAAACACUUUCAAACUUUUGGAAAUAUUAUAAAUAUUUCCAUGGAAAUCGAGAAAAAUCGAGGAUUUGUAACGUUUGAUAAAUCUGAUGCGGCAGAAAGGGCCAUAAAUGAAAUGGAUGGUAGCAUGGUUUCUUCUAUUCAAUUGAAAGUAUCGUUGGCAAGACGACAACCAAUAAUAGAGCCUAUAAACGAUGCGACCUCUAGUUCAAUGUGGUCUUCUGCAGCUGCUAAUUAUUCUCAGAAAAGUUCGCACAAAGACAGACGAGAUCUCAAAGUCUACGAAGAGGAACUUUUUCAGUAGUCGUUUUUGCUUACUUUUUCUUUAAUAGAUCACAAAUUUAGACGCAUCGAUCUUUUAAAUUUUGGAACAAAUCACUUUAGUUUGGUACAUUGUUCAUACUAUAGAGCUAGCCGAAAACCCCGAAGUUUCGAAACUGCGCACCAAAUCGUAUCGAUACAUAACUCGCAAUACAUGCGCCAUUCUUCUUUUACUCACUACCAAACUGCAAUCGCCCUAUUUCACCCUAACAUCUCUGGCUUAUUGUGCCUAUAUCGCAUUAAGUAUUGGUUCACGAAAAUGCGAAUUGCGUCCAUGCAAAUUUCAGUACAGAUUUUUCUCGGUGUAAAAACAGCAGUGGAUGAAUUAAUUACACAUAUUUUGAGAAGGCGUAGUUUCUGCAAUUUCUUCCACUGAAACUGAAGAAACCUGUCAUUAUUUUGUUAUUGUACACAACAAAUUGUUUCAUGAUCUCUAUUAGGCGAGAAUCGUUCAAAAAGGGAAGAAUCAUGAUUGUAAUAUGACCAAAAAAUUUGAAAAAAAAAUUUUGGUUCGUGAUAACUAAAUAUCUAAAUUGCAUGUUAUUUUGUGUUUGACCUAAAAAGGGCUUGAAUUCACUGCGAUGACAAUGUGAAUUUUUCAGAAAAAUGUACAAUUGAUCAAAUCUAAAAAACUGUGUUCUCUGCAUUUUCCAAAAAUUCUAACUUCAAAUAAACGUCUCUUUAAUUCUCUAAUUUUGUAUUAUUCUUCAUUGUCAAAAACUCUACUUACGAAAAAUUCGUUCAUUGUGGGCCUCUAGAAAAUUAGUAAAAAAAGAUAGGUAAAAAAAACAAUUAUUGACUACGAUGCGCGAAGGUAAAAUAUUAGCCGUCUUGAAAUUAUUUUUUUGGUUUUAAUUUGACUUCUAAACCUAAUUAACAAGUUCAGUUUUGCUACUAUUACUGUGAAGUACAGCAAAGGAGUCUAUGUAUAAUUAUGAAUAUAUAAAUUAGACUUCAUGUACAUAGAAAUCUAGUGAACAGUAUAUAAGAAAAAGCAAAAGAAAAGACAUAGAACUUACUGUGGUUUCAUAUAUUAAUAUAUAAUUAUUUUUUAAUUUAAUGUAAAAUUAUAUCGAUUCCAAUCAGAAUUUAAAUAUGUACCUUGGUAGUUUGCAUUUGUGAAUCUACCCUACACGAGUAUAAUUUUCUGCGGCGGACUCUAGAUUUACGAAUUUUGCUCUAUUUGAAUGUUCAAAAAGUCACCAAAUAAAAAAUGCAAUGUAUUUUUGAAAA